GGAGUCGCACCGCAGCCAUGUCGGGGAGCGCGAGCACGAGCGCGAGCACAGCGUGAGGCUUCCACCUGAGCGUUCAGUCCACCUGUUAAAGGAGACCUUUCAUUUCUUAUCACCUAAUUACCGGCCGGAUCGCAGCGCGCGCGCCUCCAGACCCCACACACACACCAGCCAAGUUUGUUUUUUUAUUAUUAUUAUUAUUAUUAUUAAUAAUAUUAUUUUAAACAUUUCAUCUCAAGUGUGGAGAAAAGGCAACACCUUCAGACUCAUGGAGCAGCCGAUCUUCACCACUCGAGCUCAUGUCUUCCAGAUCGAUCCCACCACCAAGAAGAACUGGGUUCCUGCCAGUAAACAAGCCGUCACCGUGUCCUACUUUUACGACAGCACUCGCAACAGCUAUCGCAUCAUCAGCGUGGACGGGUCAAAGGUGAUCAUAAACAGCACCAUCACCCCCAACAUGACCUUCACAAAGACGUCACAGAAGUUCGGCCAAUGGGCCGACAGCCGCGCAAACACCGUGUUCGGUCUCGGGUUCGCCUCUGAACAGCAGCUGUCCAAGUUUGCUGAAAAGUUCCAGGAAGUGAAGGAUGCGGCUAAAAUGGCAAGAGAGAAAUCACAGGAGAAAACAGAUGCAGCCAGCAUCCACUCACAGGAAUCUGGCCGCGAGACUCCACUGUCCAAUCAGGCGUCGAGUAUGAAUGGUACAGACGAUGACAAAAUCUCACACACACCUGAUAACACGGUGCUGAUGAGUGAGAACAACCGACUGAAGUCUGCUGUGGAGCAGAGUACUAACCAGUAUGAGUCGGAGCUGCAGGCUCUGAAGGAGAGUAACGCUCGGCUGAUGGAGGCUCUGCAGGAGGCAAACAGCAGUGUGGAGAAGUGGAAAACACACACCAGCGCAUGCCAGGAGGAGAACACCACACUCAAGAACAAGAUUGCAGACCUGGAGGCGGUGUGUAAAGAGGUGAAUCAGGAGAAAGAGAGAAACGCUCAGCUCAGUACCCGAGUGCAGAAACUUGAGAACGAAAUAAAGGACAAAGAGCAGGAGCUUGAGAAUCUGAGGAAGCAGGCUGAGAUAAUUCCACAGCUCAUGUCCGAAUGUGACAACCUCAACGCCAAGCUACAGGCGGCGGAGCUGGCCAAUCAGGAGGCUCGUGGGCGUGUGUCAGCGCUGCAGAGUGAGGUGAGUGAAGGACAGCAAAGACAAGGAGCCAUGAAGAAAGAGCUGAAGAAGUUCAUGGAGCUUCUGGAGGGCAAGAUAGACGAACUGCACGAAGUCCGCCAGGGACUGUCUCACCUGGGCAUGGACAACUAACACACACACACAGACACACACACACACACACACACACACACCCCGAGUUCGCCAGGGACUGUCUCACCUGGGCAUGGACAACUAACACACACACAGACACACACACACACACACACACACACACACACCCCGAGUUCGCCAGGGACUGUCUCACCUGGGCGUGGACAACUAACACACACACAGACACACACACACACAGACACACACACACACACACACACACACACACACACCCCAAGUUCGCCAGGGACUGUCUCACCUGGGCAUGGACAACUAACACACACACAGACGCACACACACACACAGACACACACACAUACACACACACAGACACACACACACACCCCGAGUUCGCCAGGGACUGUCUCACCUGGGCAUGGACAACUAACACACACACAGACACACACACACACAUACACACACACAGACACACACACACACCCCGAGUUCGCCAGGGACUGUCUCACCUGGGCAUGGACAACUAACACACACACAGACACACACACACACACACACACACACACAUACACACAGACACACACCCCGAGUUCGCCAGGGACUGUCUCACCUGGGCAUGGACAACUAACACACACACACACACACACACACACACACACACACACAGAAUCUGCCAGAGACUGUCUCACCCAGACAUGGACAACUGACUCACACACACACUCUCUCUCUCUCUCUCUCUUACACACACACUAUAGCAUCUCAAUAUCUAGGGAGUGACAGCCAUAAAUCCUUAUAUUACAAUAUUGUAUGUAAUAUAACGUAAUAAUGUACUUAUAUCACACACACACACACACACACACUAAAAAACACACACUAAAACACACACAAUACAGUGGAUACACUAAUUAAGGUGGUGAUCUCAGGGUGCUGGUGAAACAGUUACACACACACACACACACACACACACACACACACA